AUGGAGAUAGAUAUUGCCUCUCACAUCGCGUUGGUGGAGAAGAUAGGGAAGACCACGAUCUCUACCCCCAUCAAACGCAUCAUAUCCUACUCUAUCGUUAUUUUGAUGAGGGACUAUCGUCUAACCUCUGUUAAGCUUGUGGCUGUCAUCAAGGCUCUCAACCAAAAGGAGUACGUUAUUCUUCAGGCCGAGAGGGCAUUCUUUGUAACGCAAGACGGGCACUCGUGGUCACCGCUUCCCGUGCUAAAUACUGAGGAGUCGCUCAUACUCCACGCAAUAGGCUAUGGGAUAUUCUCACUCCAUCCGUUUACAGGAGAUCCCGCAGUUCAGUUAUAUAAUAACUUGACUGAGAACCAUCGCCUCUCUAAUUUAAUCUACUACGUGGAGUCCAUCUCUCCCUACCCGCAGAAUGCGCUCAAGCAGGCCCAGCGCUUUGCAGGGCUUUCCUCUGCCGAAGCAGAAGACUUCUCCAGCUAUGAGGUUGCGCCUAUAGACGACCACCAGCGACCAGACUUCAGCACAGUCAAUUAUGAUAUGCUGAACGCAUUACAGCAAGAGCAUAUGGAUGAUUGCCCGAUCUCCUUUGCGGAACUGCAAAAAUUCCAAUUUUCCUCUGCCAUUUUGAGUUCGAAAGAGGAGAACGGAGGCGUCACCAACUUUCACAAGCCCCUGCGAUCAGAGGACUGGACAAUAACAUCGGACCCGUACAGGCGCCUUACUACCCUAUCUCACAAGUACUGGACCGGCCUCCAUUCAUUCCUUUACUGGAAGUCUCGUGUGUACGGAUGGUUCUAUUCUCCUCCUCUUGGUGCAAACUCUGCCCUAUAUAGGUUGCCGGACUUCAUAUUUAUGCAUGUCAAGCCCGGAUUUAUUUCAAAGGAGGACCUGGAGGAGCAGAGAUCAAAAGCAGAACUCAAAGCAAAGUUCAAGGACGAAGAAGACCGAAUACUGGCAAGUCGUGCCAGCAAGAAGGCUGCCCGCAUAGAGGCACGUCGCAAUGCAGAAGAACAAAUCCGCCUAAGGCUUGAGCGCCGCGAGCAACGCAGACUCGAACGAGAGGCAGCCGAGGAGGCCGCACGUAAGGCAGCCGAAGAAGCCGAAGAGGCCGAAGAUGGUGAAGAAAAUGGUGAAGCGGAAUAA